CGUUCAUAGUCCACCCACCACACAAAUCGAUUCAUUCCUGUCCCACAAAUUUUAUUUGUUUGCUUGGUUUGGUUUUGUUUUGUUUUGUUUAUUUUUAUUUCCAUUUUUUAUUUCUUAAAGUGAACCUUAUCCUCUCCUCCACCACAAUCGCAAUCGUUGAUUGCGAUUCACAAGCAACCGUCAUCACAAUCAGACCUCCACCGGUCGCCACGAAACCCCACCCCCCCUUCUCUUCUCUCUUUUCUUUUCUUAUCUUAUCCCUUCGCUUUUCGAUUCUGUUUUACUCCUCUCCUCUGCCAAUUGAAGCCGCUGAAUUCCCCUUCUUUUCGUCCGGGCCUUCGCGAUCUCCAAUUCGUUUAUUGACUUUUUUUCUCUGAUUCUUCUGCGCUUGCUUGGAUCUUGUUUUCUGGGUCCCUUAAAUUUUAUUAUUUAUUUAUUUAUAAUAAUAAUAAUUAUUAUUACAAAGGAGAACAAAGCGUCUGAUUGUUUGGUUUUCGUUGUAUCGAAUCCCAAAUCCAUCCAUGGCCGAAGUUGUGUCCAAAGUUAGUCUGUAUUCUCCUCGCCAUCAUCAUUAUCAUCACCAUCACCAUCGUCAUCGCAUCUCUUAUUUCCCCAUUUGCAGCAAUACGUAUGGGUAUUCCAAUAAAUCAGUCGCGGCAUCUAUGAAGCUGAACCCUCUGGGCCUAAGAUCUGUCUCUUCCUUCGCGUCCAGCAGUUGUUUUAGUGGUCAAAAGAUCCAUCUUAAUCUUGAUCUUGAAGAAAGUCCGCGCAUGCCCAAGAGAGCGAAUUCCCAUGUUUCGUCUAGAGUACAGAUGAGCCUUGGUAUCGGGAAAGUUCAGAAAUGGUGGGAGAAGGGGCUUGAACCAAACAUGAAAGAGGUGAGGAGCGCGCAAGACCUUGUGAACUCCUUAUUCAGUGCUGGGGAUAAACUGGUGGUCGUUGAUUUCUUCUCCCCUGGAUGUGGAGGCUGCAGAGCCCUUCAUCCCAAGAUCUGUCAAUUGGCUGAAAUGAACCCAGAUGUUCAGUUCCUUCAGGUGAACUACGAGGAACAUAAAUCCAUGUGUUACAGCCUUAAUGUUCACGUUCUGCCCUUCUUCCGUUUUUACAGAGGUGCUCAUGGGCGGCUAUGCAGCUUUAGUUGCACUAAUGCUACGAUCAAAAAAUUCAAAGAUGCAUUGGCUAAGCACAGCCCAGAUCGGUGCAGCCUUGGGCCACCCAGAGGUCUGGAGGAGAAAGAGCUGUUGGCACUGUCUGCUAACAAGGAUCUCUCCUUCAACUUCACACCAAAACCUACACAACCAGUGCAUAUGCUUUCUCGUGAAGAUAGAAUAGUGGCUGAAGCAGAAGGAGAAGCAGCAUCACCUCUUUCUCUUUCAAGCACAAAUCCGCAGUUAACUAUUUCUUCACCUUCGUUGACUGUCACCUCUGCUCAUGAUGUUGCUCAAGAGAAAACCUUGGUUGCCACUGGGAGAUGAACCUUGGUUGCCACUGGGAGAUGAUCUGUAAGUUUUGUGCAGCUUUUUUCUUCUCCUGUCCUCCAUGUACAGUUUGGUUUUGUGCCGUUGGUCAUGUAAUACGUUUGGAUAUAUAUAUACAAGUUGGAAACAAACAAACAAUGAAAUGUGAGUUGGGCAGUAUGUGCGUCCCCAUGAGGAUGCGGGCCUCUGGAUUCAUGUAAAUGUCCUUGGUCUGCUUUUUAAAGUUUUAUUUUAUAUUUAGCGUGCGCGUGUGGAGCUCCUCUGUGUUCAUGUAAAAAGUUUGCCCCUUUAAACAGAAAAUGUUACAUCUUACUACGAUUCAUAGAA